CGUCAGGUGUGUGGCAGCUGUUUUCUCUUGCAGGUCAGGUCGAGGUUUCGUGUUUUUCGGGGGACGCAGACGGUCGGACGUACGGGAGGGAGUCGGAGAGAGAGCCGCCGCGAACAGGAAAAUCCCUGAAGGAGGAAGAACAGGUCAGGCUCCUGCUGCAGGGAGCAGCGGGAGACUUCAUCACCCUCGUCUUUGUCACCUUCCUCUUCUUCGUCGUUUCUGCUGAGUCAUGGCCGGAGCUCUGAGGAUGAGUGAAGCUCAGUUCAUCAACGUCUACGAAAAUGAUCUGCAGCUGAAUUUGAUUCCAUACGACUACAUUCCUCCAGUGGACAUAAAGACUGAACCCUACAUACCUGAGACAGCUCAUGGGCCUUAUAUUCAGAUCAUCGAAGAGCCAAAACAGAGGGGCUUUCGAUUCCGUUAUGAGUGCGAGGGUCCGUCCCACGGUGGACUACCAGGGGCCUCCAGCGAGAAGAACAGGAGAACCUACCCAACCGUGAAGAUUAAUAACUACGUGGGUCACGCCCGGGUGGAGGUCCAGCUGGUGACCCACACUGAUCCUCCUCGUGUCCACGCUCACAGUCUGGUGGGACGUUACUGCACCGAGAAGGGCACCUGCACAUUGGACGUCGGCCCCGACGACCUCACCGCCUCGUUCAGUAACCUGGGGAUCCUCCAUGUGACCAAGAAAGGUGUUGUCGAGAUUUUGUGCAAGAGGCUGAAAGAUGAGAGGAAGAGACAGAAAGGACCACACAGUACCCUGACAGACGUGGAGGAGAGCGCCUGUCUGAAGGAGGCCAAGGAGCUGGGGAAGGUGAUGGACCUGAACAUUGUCAGGUUAAAGUUCACCGCCUACCUGCACGACAGCAACGGAGGAUUCACCAGAGCGCUGAAACCCGUCGUCUCCAACCCCAUCUACGACAGCAAGUCUCCAAACGCCUCCAACCUGAAAAUCUCUCGGAUGGAUAAGACGAGUGGCUCAGUGCUCGGAGGAGACGAGAUCUUCCUGCUCUGUGACAAAGUCCAGAAAGAUGACAUUGAGAUCCGCUUUUAUGAGGACGACGAGGAGGGAAGCUGGGAGGCGUUCGGCGACUUCUCACCUACCGACGUUCACAAACAGUACGCCAUCGUGUUCAAAACGCCGCCGUAUCACCGCACAGAGAUCGAGCGGCCCGUCACCGUCUUCCUGCAGCUGAAGAGGAAGAAGGCCGGCGACAGCAGCGACCCGAAGCAGUUCACCUACAUACCACAGGUCCAAGACAAAGAGGAGGUGCUGAGGAAGAAGCAGAAGCCGCUGCCUCACUAUGAACCCUGGAGAGGAGGACGAGGCGGAGGAGCUGGGGGUUUCGGCGGCGGAGGAGGAGGAGGAUUCCAGUUCAACCAGCAGAUGAACGGAGCAGGAGGAGGAGGGGGGACAGGAGUUUUCUUCACUGGAGGUUUCACAGGCUUUGGCGGAGGGGGAGGGGCUCAGAUGUCAGGCUCCACCCAUCAGACAGGUGUCGCCCAGCAACAGACUGGAGGACAGACUGGAUCACCACUACAACAGCAGCUGUUUCAGAUUGCCACUGCCCUCCACAACAGAGCCUCUCAGAGCGCCAGACAGACCGCCGCUGCCCUGCUGCAGUACUGCAGCACCGGGGACGCCCGGGUCCUGCUGGCAAUCCAGAGGCACCUCUGUGGUGUCCAGGACAGCAACGGAGACACUCCUUUACACCUGGCCAUCAUCCACCAGCAGACAGGUGUGAUCCAGCAACUGGUCCACACUCUGCUCAGCAGCCAGCAACAACACAUCCUCAACACGGCCAACCACCUCCGACAGACUCCCCUCCACCUGGCGGUGAUCACCCGGCAGGUCAAGGUGGUGGAGGUGUUGCUGAGGGCGGGGGCCGACCCCAGCCUGGUGGACAAAGAUGGCCGCAGCCCGCUGCACCUGGCAGCGCUGGCCGGAGAUAACACCACGCUCCGCCCCCUGCUGGCUCACCUGGGAGAACGCCACGGCCACCUGGUGAACACCCCUGACUACCACGGCCUUCACCCUCUCCACCUGGCGGUGAGGAGGGACGGCGAGCGCUGCCUCCGCCUGCUGGUGGAGGGCGGAGCCAAGAUCAACGCGCCUGAGCAGAAGAGCGGAAACACCGCCCUCCACCUGGCCGUCAGAGAGAACCUGUUCAAGGUGGCCUGCACGCUCAUCACGGAGCUGAAGGCGGACGUCAACGCCUGCACGUACGGAGGAAACACGGCGCUCCACCUGGCGGCCAGCCUGGGCUCCCCGACUCUCUGCUCCAUGCUCAUCGCUGCAGGUGCCGAUAAGAACGUGGAGAACGACGAGCCGCUCUUCUUCAACUGCUCUUCGGAGGAAGAAAAAGACGAGGACGAACCCACCACAGAGGAGGUCAGAGAGCCGAGGUCAGAGAGCCGGAGGCCAGAGAGCCGGAGGUCAGAGAGCCGGAGGUCAGAGAGCCGGAGGUCAGAGAGCCGGAGGUCAGAGAGCCGGAGGUCAGAGAGCCGGAGGUCAGAGAGCCGGAGGUCAGAGAGCCGGAGGUCAGAGAGCCGGAGGUCAGAGAAGGUGGAGGAUUCGGGUCUGGACGAGGACAUGCUGUCCCGGCUGGUGGAGCUGCUGAGUGUCGGAGACGUUCCCUGGAGGAAACUGGCGGAGAAGUUGGGGAUGGUGACGCUGACUCACCUGUACCAGGACAGUCCCACGCCCUGCCACCACCUGCUGCAGCACUACAAGCUGGGCGGGGGUCCGGUGGAAGGUCUGGUCGAAGCCCUUCAGUCCCUCGGUCUGUCAGAAGGAGUCCGACUGCUCAGAAACACGGAGCUACGAGACGACAAACACAGCACAGACGCCACGGUCGACAGCGGCUUCGGCAGCCAGCCAAUGGAAGAAGAGGAGCCGCCCGUGGCCAACCAGUGACGAGCCAGAAAUGAAUUCGGACAUCGGAGCAGCUUCGUUAACGUCAUCUCGUCCUCCGGGAUCCGGGGCUCUGCAGACCUGGACUUUAAUCUGCAGACUGACACGUCCAGCGGGGACUGAGACUGGUUUAUUCACAGCAGAGUCGGACCCUGAUGUUCGCUCACCUGCAGAGGAGACGAGCGCUGCGUUUCAGACGGAGCGGAGGAUUGUAAAUGUUCGGCAGGAUGUCAGUUGUUUGGUUUCUCCGUCAGGCAAACGGGUUCUUGGAAAACAUGUCGACGCCAGAGAACUCGCGGGUUUUUUCAAAAAUUGGAGAGUUUGAGGACAAACAGUAAUUUAAGGAAAAAGGCUUUUAAAGUUUGAAGAAAUGAAUUCAAGUAUGUUUUAAAUAAAAAUACAGACAGCAGGUUAAAAUGAAUGAUUUUGCCACGAGGAUUAUCAUCGAUGUGUUUUAUUUCAUCAAAUUUGUCCAUUUUAUCUUCAAUUUUCAGCUUCUUUACAUUUUUCAUUAAUUUAUAUUCAGUUUUUCUCGUAAUUAUUUCAGUUUAUUUCUCUGGGUUGUAUGAUGUCUGACAGACAACCUGGCAUCCUUAGCUUUCACCAGACAACACCUUGAAGGUCCUUAAAUCUGCCCUCCAGGACCAACCUUCAACACAAGCCAGCGGCAGUUUUUUUUGUUUUGUUUUUUUAACAAUUAUCUGUUGAAUGUUUUGAGGUUGAGCAUCAGCAGUAAAUCUGUGUUGUUUACAGUGUGCGUGUUGUGUGUUACCUUGUUAACUUGACAACAGAGAAGUUACGACCUGAGGAGCUGAUCUGCUUUUUCACCUCUAUUGAAACUGGAAUGUCCUAUUUUCUGUCUGCUCUGGAACGCAGCAUGCCUCACCUGUUGGACUGAGCAGUGAAAUCAUCAGAUGUUCACCUGUUGUCACCUGUUUCUCUGUUUAUCGGCGUGUGACGCCUCCUUCAGGUUUCAAUCAGUGAAAUAAGAUAUCCUACGGAAGCCCAUUCGUGCCAGUUUAAAUUAAAAAAGCAAUGUUAAAUGUAAUGAAUAAAAACAAGUUAUUCAUUGAAAGUAAAAUGUUAAUUUAUACUGUGAUUAAUAAAUUGGUAAAUUCAACCAAAAAAAGUUACAAUAUUUAAAUCCAAAUUAAAUAGUAAAUUAAAACUUCAACAUGCAUCAAUAUUUUGAGGGACUGUCAUUUUUUUUUUUAACUUAAAAAGUCAAAUUAGUUUUUAUGUCUCUUCCAAAUAAUGUGACUGUACAUCCAGGAAAUAAAAAAGUCACAUUAUUUUGUCAAAACGACGAGAUUCUGUGUUGAAUGUUGACUUAGUGUGUGAUCACUUAAACUUUAAAUUUUGAUAUUUUAAUGUCAAACUUAUAACUUAAGUCAAAACUGACAAAUCAAAAUUCUGAGAAUUAAAACCAGGACUAGCUUGUUUAGGUAAAAUUGUGAGACAGUCAAAGUUUUCAGUCCAAUUGUCAAAAUUACAAAAAUUAUGAAAGUUUUUACUUUAACAGGCUAAAUCUGGGCUUUUUCUGUCAAACUAUACCUUGUUAAGUCAAAACUGACACAUCAGAAUUUUGUCUUUCAAAAUAAUGAGUCAGUUAAACCAUCAAAGUUAUGAGUUAAGUAUCAAAAGUGUGACAUAGUCAGUGAAAUCAAACAUUAAAUGUUUUUAUGUCAACGUAAUGAGAUACGUAGACACAAUUAAAACAAGUUCUAUUUAAAUUAUACAUUUUUACUAUUUUACAUCAAAAUGAUGAGAUGGAAGUUUUGACCUAAGUAAAAAAAAUAUGGGAUAAAAAGUAUGUUGACUAAAAAAAUGUAAGGUCAUAAUUUUGACUCUUCCACUUGAGUCAAAAUUCACACAUCAGAACUUUGACUUACUAAGUCACAAUUACGUGAUGGUCUAUACGGUAAGUGAGUUAGAUCAAAAUGAUAAGAGUCAAAAAAAAUAUUGAAGGUUUAAAACCGAAGGUAACGAAUACAAAUUGCCUUUUUUGGACAAAGCCUUAAGUAAAGUCAAAGUCAGAUAGCAAGUCAGAACGUAGUGGCUUUACAAUUAUGACAAGUUUGAGGUUCAAAAUGAACUCCCUCAAAUUUCGACCCACAAAAGGUUGGAAGGAUAUUGUUAGUUUUAGUGUAUCCGUCAAAAAUCCAGCUUACAGUUUUAAAAUUAAAAUAUAUUGUUAUAUUAGGUUUGUUAAGUUUAAAAUGUUUAGAUUUUAGGCCAAAUUUAGGUGCUAACUUUUCAUCCUUUUUGUUUAAUUUUCUUUUUGGCAGAAAUGGGCUUCCACCGAUUUUUUUAAAGGGAGAUUUUGAUUAUACGAGUCUUUUACUUGUUAAAUGUCGUCUCUCCUGAAAACCGAAUGUUGUUUGUACAUUUAUCAGACUGUGUUGAGUGUUGAUGAGGAUGUGUGUCCUUUUUUCUCCGUUAUUUUCAGUCAGACAGUCGCGUCGUGCUUCGUGUACAGUUCUUACAUUUUACUUUCCGCUUCAUGUCUUUCAGACUCACAUCGGUUGAGUCGAAGCUCCAGUCGAGGCUGUGUGUGUUUUUACUAAUACUGUGUAUUCAUGUGGUUUCUCAUCGAACAGCCUGGAAAUUAAACAUUUAAUCAGCAUUUAACAAAAAAACAAACAAACGCUGCACUGUUGAGGUUUCUGAAGCUUUGAAUAAAAAUGACUUUCAGACCUUC